AUGGUUCCCAGCUGCCCUUGCCCGGACGCGGGUCACCGGGGCCCCACCCUGGAGCCACGAGUGAGCGGUAUCAACCCGUCCAGCAGGCGGCGGCGGGAGCAGCGUGUCCUCUUCAUGGUGGUGGUGAUGGUGAUGUGUUACCUGCUGUGCUGGCUGCCCUACGGGGUGAUGGCCCUCACCGCCACCUUCGGCCGGCCGGGCCUCAUCACCCCCGAAGCCUCCAUCAUCCCCUCUCUGCUGGCCAAGACCAGCACCUUCAUCAACCCCGUCAUCUACAUCUUAAUGAACAAGCAGUUCUACAGGUGUUUCCGUGCCCUCCUCCACUGCCAGGAACCCCAGAGAGGCUCCAGUAUGAGGUCGUCCUCCAAGCCCCCCCAAGGGGCCCCCCAAGGGGCCCCCCGCGGGGCCCCCCGCCGCACCAACGACCUGAACUUCUCCUUCCUGGUGGCGUCUGUGGGCCAGCCCACCACCGCCAUCCCCAACGUCUGCUACGCCCCCAACAUCGUCGCCCCGGCCUCCUCUGACCCCGCCCCUGCCCCCGUGGCCAAGCCCCUCGUCGUCUCAUUGGUCGCUCAUUACAAUGGCUGACGGCUUGUGAUUGGUGGAUUUAUUUUUGGGUGUGGUCCAUGUGCGGGGGGGGGGAGAUUUGAGGAGGAUGAGGAGGAAGAGGAGGAGGAAGAGGAGCGGGAGUUGUUACCGUUGUCACGGUUACUGACUCCUCCCAGACCCUCGCACAGAUCGGACCAGGUGAUUGGUGGAGCAGCAGUAGUAUCUGGACACCAUUCAGAUGCUUUCCUCUCUGGGUCGGGAACAUCUAUAAGAUAAAAAGGCUAGAUUUAAGUGCAUGUCCUGUGAAAGUGUCCAGUGAAUGUUGGACAGCAUGUUGGUUUUGACUGGAGGUGGUAUUCCAGACAGCGCUGUGUUCUGGGGCAGCAGGAGGGGUUUGGAAUCACUCUGGAACAUUCUGGAAUCCCUGGUUCUGGAUAUUCCAAAGUGGAAUUUUGAUCUUGAGCUUGGAGAUUGUUCCGGAACGACAACACAACAACAAGCCAGAUCAGACACUUUGAAGAAUGUGCUGUCACAUGGCCUUCCUGAGGCUGGAACUCACAGAUGUUCCCGCCCAAACAAUAUACUGUAUAUAUAAGUAAAUAAAAAUAACCUUAAUUUCCUUGUGUAAAUAUAGUUUGCAAACAUG